UUAGCAGAACCACAUGCUUGUAAGUGUACUCGCGCAACAAGGACUCAGUGGAUCGGACCACGCUGGCAACAGUAGCAGUUGCGUUGUUUAUUUUACAAAACAAUGAAAACUUAGUCCAAAACAAAUAACUCAUUCCAGAUCCUGUGCUCGCGUUUUGCAUGCGUAUGACAGUUUGUUGUCCAAUGUCUUGUUUGGAAUCUUGUAUCCAAUAACGAACUGGUUUUAUACCUCAUCAUGUGUAAAACUCUGGUUUGCAGUGGAAAGACGCAAAUUCUUUUCGACUAUGUCUACUUUGCGUGCUCACUAUAGGCUAUCGUCCACGUAUCGUUCUGGGUGUGGAGAAGGUUCAACAUAGGCGCAGAAUUCAGUGUUUUCCCCCGAACAAACGCGUGCCUAUAAAGUAAAGAGAUUCUAACUUUUUGGAAUACAGCGAACGAUGUUUUCGGAGGAGACAAAUCAAAACUAUAGCUCCAACGCAAGCGGACAGGACCCCUUCGCUUUGCAGGAUCAGGGAAGGAACGACACGCUCUCGAGGACAGGGCACAACGUGGUAUCCGUGUUUUUGGGAUGUAUCAUGAUUUUUGGUUUCCUCAACAACCUGAUCGUUCUGAUCCUGUUCUGCAAGUUCAAGACUUUGCGGACCCCGGUGAACAUGCUUCUCCUCAACAUCAGCGUGAGUGACAUGCUGGUGUGCCUUUUCGGCACGACCCUCAGCUUCGCCUCCAGCGUUCGGGGACAGUGGUUGGCCGGGGCGCACGGUUGCAUGUGGUACGGCUUCAUCAAUUCAUGCUUCGGAAUCGUGUCGUUGAUCUCGCUGGCCGUGCUCUCCUACGAUCGCUACAGCACGCUGACCGUGUACAAGCGGGCCCCCGACUACCGCAAGCCCCUCCUGGCGGUGGGCGGGUCGUGGCUGUACUCGCUGCUCUGGACAGUGCCCCCCCUGCUGGGCUGGAGUAGUUACGGUCUGGAGGGGGCGGGGACGAGCUGCUCGGUGACGUGGACCGAGCGAACGGCGAGGUCCCACUCCUACAUCAUCUGCCUGUUCAUCUUCUGCCUCGUCCUGCCUGUCACGGCCAUGGUGUACUGCUACGGCCGGCUGCUGUACACCGUCAAACAGGUGGGGAAGAUCCGGAGGACGGCCGCACGGAGGCGAGAGUACCACAUCCUGUCCAUGGUGAUCGCCACCGUGGUCUGCUUCCUGCUGUGCUGGGUGCCCUACGGAGUCGUGGCGCUGAUGGCGACCUUCGGGCGGCCGGGCAUCAUCUCACCCAUCGCCAGCGUGGUGCCCUCCCUCCUGGCCAAGAGCAGCACCGUCAUCAACCCCCUCAUCUACAUCCUCAUGAACAAGCAGUUCUACAGGUGUUUUCUUAUCCUGUUCCACUGCAAGGGGCUGCUGGUGGUGAACGAAAACUCCUCCAUGCCGUCCAAGACGGUCAUGCACCUCACCCGUCGUCUCCACAACAACACGGUGUCCUGCACUGGCCAGAUCUCCAUAGGGGUUAACCACGACCACGGCAGUAACCUGGUAACAGAGUCCAAACACCACAAAGUCCUCUCCUGAAACGCCAUUAACCACACACGCAACCGCUUUGAAGGAUACGGUGUUGCAGUCUGUUGCGGCUGAAACCGCUUUGAAAAUGGCCACCAGACCUUUCCUGCCGUUUCCUAAGCACAAACAAACAUCAGAGGAAAUCUCAUGGAAAUGCCGAAAAGACUCUUUUUCUCUCAUGGCAUUCCGUUUUAAAAAUAUUUUCAUCUUGUGCUCGAUUUGUCGUCCGGUUGUGUUUGACCGAACCUUGUAAACCUUGUGCUGUCAAUUGAUGUGGUGAGGAACGGGUUCAUAAUGAAGUGCAAUACACUCUGGGUUCGACUCUCUCAACCAGCCUGAAACACGUGCGGAUGCGCAUCCAUGCAUGCGCAUGCAUCAGUGCAUGUGUCUGUUUGCCCGUCACACGCUCGCAAAAUGUCAUAAUGCCAAUCAUCAUCGCAAACGUGCCGAUACUCCCCCCCGUGAACUCUCACAGCGGUUUCUGGCACUCUUCUGUUCGGAAGGACAUUCCGGGUUCUAGACUCUUCUGGAAUCUCCGGCGAAUGACUGACGGGGUGACGUUAAAGGACGCCGACUGGAGGAGAGCGUACCCGCGUCCAAGCUGCCGUCGGUCUGUACGGCCCGUCUGCAAACACGUCACACAUCUCCGAAGACAUUAAUUCGCCUGACCGUGAGAGAAGGGGGCCGUUCCCACAAGCCUGGACUGCUCCCGUUUGCUCGAGGGCAAGGUGACCUUCGCACCACAGAAACCGAACGACUAGAACGUUCCUCCGCACUAAGAUUCGUGUUCCACUGUACAGAGGACCCGGGGUCGCCCACACUUGAUGAGGACUGUUUUGAUAACAAAAUAUUAUUUUUUAUGGAAAAAAAAUGCUGCUGUUAUAAUGUCGAAACGUAAAGGUCAAAGGUCAAAGUGUCUCAAAUCAAAACCAGAUGCAAAAAAGGCUGCAUGCGUUGCAAAACAAGUCCGUCUUAAAAAGUGAUUUAGUCUCGUAAUGAGACAAAAAAUCUCUUUUUCCCU